AACUGUCAAAAGAAACUUCAAAGUCCAAAACAACUAAACUUUGAUAAUUAUUUUAACGUGAAUUCAGUCCCAAAUCAUUUAAUUUUGCCCCAGUCCGCGCAUUGUGUGUGCUCCUACGUAUCAUAAAAGCUGUUAAAGUGUUCUGUCUUCAGAAAGUACGAAGUUAUCGCUUAUUUUAGCCAAAAUCUUGUGCAUCACUUGCCUACAUGCUUCUAUUCACCCUCACACUCACCGUUUGAUACUUGUGUACAUAUUUAUUACCCUCGUUGAUCAUUCAUUAUCAUGCGUUAGCUGAACUGAGGCAACAUGUACUCUCCUGUCGCCCGAAAAUAUUUCCACUUGGAAAUGUCAUCUUCUCUUGAUGAGAAGAUGAAAUCUUCCACUCCAUUUAGUGAAGCUGCAGCAGAUAGAAGACUAUCAGUGGACAACAAUGAUUCAUCCAGAAGGCGAACAUUGAAACGACACCAGUCUCUUCCAAACGUAACUAAUGCAAAUAAAGCUAUCAAUCAUCCGUCAAGUCCAAUUGACAGCUUGACCCGCAUUGAUUCUGAUUUACAAUUAAUGAAAGUCAUCCAAGAACGGGAUAAAAUGAACCUAGAGCUUAUUAAACUUCAAAAGAUGAAUCAGAAUCUUCAAAGAACUUUGAAUACCGAAAGAGAAAAUUUCGAAACAUGCAAAUUAAAGCUCAGUGAAAGUCUCCACGAUGAGAAGGUUAGAGAAAGUUUAAAAACGGCAGAAUUGAAAUAUUCCAUCAACAAGAAGCUUGCUAAGCAGUUCAAAAAUCUCCUGGAAGAAAAAGAAAAGCAGUUGGAAAGUUUGAAAGUUGAGAAUGAAAUAACACAUUCAGAAUUAAAGAAGAAAGAGGAGCAAGUUAACACCAUUUGCCAUAAAUGCUCUGAAAAAGGAAUUGAGGAAGAAGAUGCAACUGCAAGAGUUCAGAUACUUGAGGCUCAACUGACAAGAGCAAGAGAAAUAUCAAUUAGUGAACGCAAAGUUUCCAAAGAACUUCAGACAGAACUUUGGAAGAAAGAAAGGGAGCUCAAAGAUACAAAAAUAGAUUUGCGAAUUGCCCAGCGAAGCUUGAAGUCAGCGGAGGAAUCAAUUAAAAAACUGAAUGAAGAAGGAUUUGAAUAUGCAUCAGCUGCAUUGAAAGAAAAGGAAGCCGUUUUCAAUGAGGAGAAAGAAUCUUUACAGGGAGAAGUGAAAAAAUUGCGAGGUGAAUUAGAGAAAGCACAAACUGAGUUGAAUGAAGAAAAAUCAUCCUUUGCUGCCGUUAAAAAUGAUCUUUUGAUAAUGGAAACAAAACUGAACGAAUCUCAACACAAAGUGAAGAGGCUGGAGCACAAAUAUGAAACUUUGGAAUCAAACUUUAAGACCUCUGAAACACAAAUUAAAGAGCUAAAGGCUCAGUUGGAAAACAAAGAAAUAAAUAAUGCUGCUCUGAAAGCAACUUGCAUGGACAUGGAUAGUCAGCUUGAUGCGUUUGAGAACUUAAAUGAAGACCUAAGGAAAGAGAAAGCUAACUUGGAAGAAAGAGUACAUCACUUAAAGGAAGAGUUAGAUCAAGCCAAAGCAGACUUGAAAACCACUCGGAUAGAAUUAAAUGAAGAACGGUCUUUAAAAAUUGCAGCUGAAAGCAAAUUGAGCAUAGUAACCAAAGAUUUCGAGGAAGCUAAGAAAGAGCAGGAUGAGUGGAAAAGCAAAACUUUUUUGAUCGAAAAUCAACUUAGAUCUUUAGAAAUAGAGCUGGAUGAGAAGAAAGAGAAGUUUUUCAUGCUGGAAGAAGAUUUUGACAAGUACCAAAAACAUGCAGAAUUGCUUGCCAAUGAAAAUAUUAGUCUCAAAGAAGAGCGGUCAAACCUACUCACACAGAUUCAUAGUGGACGAGAAAAGAUUUUCGACUUGGAAGAGAAGGUUAAUUCUUUGCACAAAAAAGUCUCUGAAUUACAAAGUCAUCUCACGAAUGCUGAAACAGAGUAUAGACAGAAAGAAAUAAAGUAUGAAUCCACAGUUCAACAACAAAACAAGUUGAUAAACUUCCUCCAAAAUCACAUCGAUGGUUUAAAGAAAAAGAAGAGAACCUUCGCAGAAAAAUUGCUGAGAUCUCCCAACAAGGAAAAUCUUGAUCACAAAGUUCCCUCAACAAUAAUCACAUCUGGCUUCCGACAACCGAACUCGAUGACCACAAAAACACUCAGUCUUGGGAAAGAAUCUUGUUACCGAGGAAUUUUACCUGGGCUUGGAGAAAGUAAAAAAAGAAUGACCAAUCCUUUAUCCGACAAAAAUAAUAAGACAACGGCGGAGGGAAAGAACUUGAGUGCAACUGAUAAACAGAAAAUGAUGCCCAAAGGAUCACUUUCUAAACCAGUAGUUCCAGCAAAAACGUAUGAGUUGAAACAGAGCGGCUUGCCACAAUGCUACAAAGGAGAGAUUCUACGGUUUUUUGACAAGACAGAAAAACUGCAAAUCAAUUGUAUUGAGCAAAUAAAGGAUUCGUUAUACCUCCUGGGUUGCGAUGAAGGUUUGUUCUCAUUACGCACGCCUCCUACAGAAAGGAAGCAAAUAGUCAAAAUCUCUGGAGUUUCCUUUGUCACACAAAUCGCUCUUUUGAGGAAGUUAGACAUGGCGCUUCUAAUUUCUGGUGAAUCAAGCUCAAUGACAAUUUGUAAUUUACGGCAAUUACUGUGUAAUGUGGAAGCAGCGGAGUGCUCCAAACCAACAAUUGAAGUCAGCUCUCUUUACGAUAAUACAGUUUUUGCUCCUGAUGUUGUCCAUCCACCAAAGCUAGAAGCAGCUGGACUGACCAAUUGUUACACCUUCUCCGUAUCCCCAUGUAAUUCUUACCUGUGCGUGGCCAGUGCAGGUUACAUAACAUUUCUCAAAUGGAAGACUCUGUCCUUUCAGUGCAUCAAGCAGAUUAAAUCGGAGCAACCUGUCAGUUGGUUCACUAUUUUUCCCGACCUUGUUAUAUUUUCAACCGACAAACUGUACCGCAUGGAGCUCAGUUCUGGCCUCUUUGUUAUUGAACCGUUCCUUGAUCAAAUGGAUGUCUCCCUGUCAUACUUAAAUAAGAGAUCUUCUUCUGGACCAUACCCAAUGGCUGUUUUCGAAAUUAGUCCUAAUGAAGAAUAUCUUGUAUGUUUCAACAUAUGUGGAGUUUUUGUCAAUACACAUGGCAAACGAUCUCGAGAUGAUGACAUCAAAUGGAGUCAUCUUCCUCUAGCUUUUGUUUACUCGGAACCAUUGCUCACUGUAGUCCAUUUUUCAUCCGUGUCUGUGAUGAAGAUCUCUGCAACCCAUAGUAUGCGAAUGAGCAACUCCUCCUCAGGAAGUGGCAGCUCUCCAGAUAUCGUCAAUAUUGGGUUCUCAUCUUUAAGAUUAUUAGGUACAAGCAAAAGACAUUCUAGAAUAUUCCUGAGUAAUAUGGAAAACCGUGGAUUGAGUAUCAUUGAUUUCAACCCAGGGCAUCUUUUCAAGGACGAUUGUGACGUCUUGUCGUACGUUUCCUCAGACACCGGCUCUAGUUCUUGUCCUGCAUCCAGUGAUUUAGCUCUAAGAAGGGAAAUUGAGGCCUUGGAUUUAAGUGCAGACUUUAGUUUCUCUUCCUCACUAAAUAGAUCUUUAGAAACAUCUUCCGACAUUUCAGCAUCUUUUCCAAAUCUUGACAACCUCCCGCCAAAAUCUAAUCGUCAAGUUCGAUUCCAUAAUGUCUCAACUGCUAUGUAAGUCAUAGCUAUACUGGUAGGUCUCAUCACAUACUCCUCUUAUUCCUACUUAAAUAAUUUUACCUCGGUGCCGCACUAAAAUACGGUUUUGUACAAAUUGAAUUUUGUCUAAUUUAUUAUUGGACACUCUUUUUUUUCUAUAUUUGUUAGUUGACAACUUAAGAGGAAUUGAAGCACAUACAAAAUGUAUACAACUAGACUCUGUUUUUAAAUCCCUGACUGAUUUUUUGCUCAAAAAGCUGUGUUUUGUGUAAAUAGUUCUAACUAGACCUCCUUGUCUUAGGCAUCAACAAAAUACAGUUUUUCACCUCAUCUUUUGAAAAUAAGUUGUCCACUGUUAUUGGGAUUUAUUUUUAUCAUUAUCUAUAUCAUUUAAACAAAGCAAAGUUCUGAUAUUGAGUUCAUGAUCACAGUAGAUCCCUCAUUUAAAAAUACAGGAAUCUUCUAUUAUUGAUCAAAAUGAGCUCUCAUUUCAUGUAAGUGGGUUCCUGGAUCCCCUUGAAGACUGUAAUCUCAGAUGGUUGUUUAUGACGCUAUAUAAGAUUAUUGUAAAGUCCGUUUCUUGCAUAAUGUUUUCAAAUUUUUAUGAAGAAAAAUCUUCAAAAAAAUUUGAUAACUUUUAGUUUGGGGGAAGUGGACCGCAGGUGUCUGACGUUACUGUACAUCUUAACAAAGAAGUCGUGGAAGUAUUCUGAGCGACCAGCAUGAGCAUUUUAAAAAAUACAGCUAUGCUGAAAAUCAUUUUAUUUUCAUAGAUACAUAUUUUUAAAAUAUUUUAGUUGUCACAUUUUUUUUCACUAGCUUGAAACUAAGCAGAACCAAUUUUCAUGUGUAUCUUUCUUUAAGAGAUUCAGUUGCCUCAUUUCAUAGUCUCUUAAGUGAUCUCAUUCUCUUCAAAAUUAUGUUAGCAUUUUCAAAUGAAGAGAAUAAUCCAAUCAUGCAUGUAAAUUUUUCAAUAGUUGUUCUUUAUGUUUACAUGUAAAUUGACCUGUUUCUUUUUAUCUUUUAAAUCAAUAAUGUACUUUUUUACUCUGGUAUUUCUUUUAUUGCUAGGGAGUAAAUUUACCUAGCAAUUUCAAUUCAAAGUUCGCCUGCCAAAAUCUUCUUGUGUUCUUUUUUUUUAAAAAAAAAUAAAAUGAUAGUAAAAAAAUAAAGAAAAUGUACCAAUAUCUUA